GUCCAUCGGUCUACCCUCAGGAUACAAGAUUAGAUUUAUGGAUUAGUCGAAAUUUUUAAUUUUUAUUGCUGCGGUUCCCGAAGACGUGGCCCCCCUUUUCCUUGGGCUCUCAUCAAAAGACGACAACCACGACGGUGGGUGUUAUCAAGGUCCUCCCGCGGCCCGCUUGGAUGGCAGCGUCCGCCCACCUCAAAACCCAGUCCCAGCCCCAGUCCUGCAGAUCCAAGCGUCGCAAGCGCCGCGAGACCACCAUCUCCGUUUCUUCCGCCCCCUCCCUCUCUCCACACGUCGUCUCCUCUGACGGCAGUGCCUGGUGCUGCGCUGUCUCAACCAAGCACCACCACCAUCCUACUCCCACCUCCGCCUCGCCGGCCCAACCCCGCCACCCUCCUCCUCCGCCCCCAUCGGCGCCGGAUCCCGCGCUCGCCGAGGAGCCAUCCCACUCCCCGUCUCCGGCUCAGGUCUCCCCAGGUUGUGACUCGCCGGGCGCAGCCAUGGACGCCUCCCCCAUCGCCGCCGCCGCCUCCCCAACACCCGCCGCCGCUUACCCGGUUUGCACUCCGUACCCCUCGAGCUACAGCAAAUUCAACUCCGCCCUCAAUGCGGGCCUCCUCAACCCCAUGUCCCCCCCGCCCCUUGACAAAACCCGCUCCAGCCCCACCCUCUUCGACAUGAUGACCAACGAGCACGACUACCAUCCCCGCCCCCCGCUCCCGCAGCACCCACCACCGGCCGGCCGCGCCGCCCCCGUCUUGGACCGCCAGCUCCUGCUCCAGGAGCGGGUCGCGGAUAUUCUGGGCAGCUGUAGCCCCGGGAGCCAGUUCAACGACCCGGACUCCAGCGACGUCCGGCUGACCCUCAGUUCCAAGGACGGCUUCAGCGUUUCCCUCAACGUCCACCGCCAUAUCCUGGUUACCCACAGCCGCUUCUUCGCCGCCAAGCUCUCCGACCGCUGGUCCCGUCAGCAGCGCUCCCUCCCCCACCUCGUCGAGAUAUCCGACUGCGACGACGUCGAAGUCUACAUCGAGACUCUCCGCCUCAUGUACUGCAAGGACAUCCGCCGUCGCCUCAUGAAGGAGGACGUUUCCAAGGUCCUCGGCAUCCUAAAGGUCUCGGCGGCGAUCGUGUUCGAUGCGGGGGUUUUGUCCUGCCUGGAGUACCUGGAGGCCGCCCCCUGGGCGGAGGACGAGGAGGAAAAGGUGGCCUCCCUCCUUUCCCAGCUCCACCUGGAGAGCUCGGGCGCAGGAGAGGUGCUCAAAAGGGUCUCCCUCGAAGUAGCCCAUCCCUCGGCGGACGAAGCCUACGGCAAUGGCGGGGAGGAGAUACUUGUCCGGCUCCUCCAGGUGGUCUUAGAGGGCAAGGACGAGAAGGCCCGGCGGGAGAUGAAGGGCCUCGUGUCAAAAAUGCUCCGGGAAAACAGCGCCUCCUACGGCCGUGGCGGUGGCGGCGCCGCCGGCGGGGACCUCAGCAAGGAAUCGCUCUACUCCGCCUGCGAGGGCUGCCUCCGCCUCCUCCGCCACCACUUCGUCCGCGCCGCCGCCGCCGACCUGUCGGAGGCCGCCCAGAUCGCCCGGCAGGCUGACAACCUCCACUGGAUCCUCGACAUCCUCAUCGACCGCCAGAUUGCCGACGAGUUCCUCUGGACUUGGGCGGCGCAGGCGGAGCUCUCGGAGGCGCAUUCCAAGGUCCCGGCUAUCCACCGCUACGAGGUGAGCCGGGUCACGGCCCGGCUCUUCGUUGGGGUGGGCAAGGGCCAGAUUUUAGUCUCCAAGGAGGCGAGAUGCUUGCUCUUAGGGACUUGGCUGGAUCCUUUCUACGAGGACUUCGGGUGGAUGAGGAGGGCUUGCAAGGGGCUCGACCGCCAUCUUAUCGAAGACGGGCUCGCCAACACAAUCCUGACGCUGCCGUUGGCGGUGCAGCAGGAGAUCUUGCUGGCAUGGUUCGAUCGGUUCCUGAAUUCCGGCGACGAUUGCCCCAACAUCCAGAGGGGUUUCGAGGUGUGGUGGAGGAGGGCGUUCUGGCGGCGGAACGGCGAGCCGGAGCGGCCGCCACAGCUCAGGCUGGCCGCCGUCUGCGAGAAUUCUUCCUGACAGCAGCUCAUUGCUAUCUGGUUUGGUUUUUAGUUUGAUCUGUUCUUAAUGAUUUUUUUUCUUUUUUUCCAACUCUCUUUUGAUUCUAUUUGUGUUUGGAUUUGUAUGAUGAGAUCGCUUGAGUGGUCCAUCUCUUUCUUCGUUCCUGAACCAGCUCCUGUAUAUUAUGUAAGGUGCUUAGCUUGACUUAGAAUGGAUGUAGAGAAAGGGGGUGUGAGUUUGGAUGGCCUCCUUUAAUUCUGGUGAA